CGCCCAGUCUUCCGCCGCACGUGCCUUUGCUGUGAUGCCCAAAUCCAAGCGAGACAAGAAAGUUUCUUUAACAAAAACUGCCAAGAAAGGCUUGGAACUGAAGCAGAACCUGAUAGAAGAGCUUCGGAAAUGUGUGGACACCUACAAGUACCUUUUCAUCUUCUCUGUGGCCAACAUGAGGAACAGCAAACUGAAGGACAUCCGGAACGCCUGGAAGCACAGCCGGAUGUUCUUUGGCAAAAACAAGGUGAUGAUGGUGGCCUUGGGUCGAAGCCCAUCUGAUGAAUACAAAGACGACCUACAUCAGGUCAGCAAGAAGUUGAGAGGUGAAGUUGGGCUGCUGUUUACCAACCGCACGAAGGAGGAGGUGAAUGAGUGGUUCACAAAGUAUACAGAAAUGGAUUUUGCUCGAGCGGGGAACAAAGCAACUCUAACUGUGAGCCUGGAUCCAGGGCCCCUGAAGCAAUUCCCUCACUCCAUGGAGCUACAACUGAGGCAGCUGGGGCUGCCCACUGCCCUCGAGAAAGGUGUGGUGACCCUGCUGUCUGACUAUGAAGUAUGCAAAGAGGGUGACGUGCUGACCCCAGAGCAGGCCCGGAUCCUGAAGCUGUUUGGGUAUGAGAUGGCUGAAUUCAAAGUGACCAUCAAAUACAUGUGGGACGCCCAGUCGGGACAAUUCCAGCAGAUGGACGAUGACCUGCCUGAGAGCGCGCCUGAGUCUGAGGGAGAGUCUGAGGAGGAGGAUGACAGCUGACUCUGAGAGCCAGGACUAUGGCCUUCCAGCAAGUUCUUCAUCUCUGCUGGACACCCCACCCCACCUCACCCUGCCCCCGGACUGCUGUCACCCUCUAGAGGGAACAGCUAUUUAUUUUGCUAUGGACAAAGACAAGGGAGGGUGCUAAUGGAAUGACUUUGUUUCUAUAAAGAAUAAAAUUGUGUCCGCAGGGUGUUCCCGGGAGACAGCAAAAAAAAAAAAAAAAAAGACAGCCCAUGUUUAUAAAGUUAGGACGCUUCUCUCAUUGUAUUGAAUCAGUUAGGUGUCAGUAAUACUGGCAGAUGUUGGAAAGCCCGGCAAAUAGGAGUUGCAAUUAAAGUUGGCAUGGCCUCUCUCUGAUUAAUUUUAGUUUAUAGUGGUUGAACCCAAAGCUGCUUUUCCAUGCAGUGCAGUAGAUUACCCAAGAGCUCAGUUACUGAAUAGAUUAAAGAGAGACUGGAUUUGGUCAUUCUGUCAAAUUGCAGGCUGGCUUCACUCAGCCUCCAAAGCAGAAAAUGGAUUUGAGUCGGAAACAGGGAAAACCUGAACUCUUUGCAGGCUUAUCUCAUUUUAAGUGAGGCCAGCAUCCACUCUAAGCUAAUAGUGUGUAUGAACUGAUUUGAAGGGUGAAAGGACUCAGUGUGGAUUACUUAAAAUAAUGCUGUCUUUCUCCUCCUACAUUAUUUAAUGUUUACUUCCAAAACAAAAAGUUGUUCUCUGUCUAGUGUAAUAACACACCAUGUUUACAAUACUUAGACUUUAAGCAAAUGUCUUUUUAUGGUCAGAUGAGACAUUAGGGUAGGUUUUGUGAUAUACAAAAAGUUACACAUUUCAUAGAAAUACAACUAAAAAAUAAGUCCCUGCUCUUCUACUUAAAUGAGUUAUGGAAUUAGUAAACUUAUCUGAUUAACUUUGGCAAACCUGAUUGCUUCCAAUGGAGAAUAUGUCUAGCUGUUGUCAUUUUCUGACUGAAAUAGGCUUUCUUGACUUGCACACCUGUAGCUAGAAUGUCAGUAGUUGCCAGUGCGUGGCCUGUAUUACAGGUAUCAAACUGUUGUGUUUAAUCUCUAUCCCUGCUCUGCAGAUGACGAAUUUGAGGCUAGGAGAUUAGUUCAGGUUAUAGAUACAGCAAGUGGAGUUUAAACUUGGCUGGAUGCUGCUUUCUCAAACUGCAUGGCGUUAUCUAAUGAUUAGUUAUUGUGCAUUCUCAAAACUGCCCAUAGCUAGAUCAGCCACCUCCAAGUCAGGCUCCAUCACUUUCCAGUUGUAUGAAUUGGGAUGAGACCCUAACCGCCCAUAUAUACUUUUACCGUUUUCAGUCCAGUUCACAGUCUAGAUAAUCAUGUCUAUUUCUGAAGGUUCUGGUACAGUACCCAGUAGACUUAGUAAAUGGUAGCUGCUUUACCAGAUUUCACUGUAGUUACUGUAUAGACCCUGGAAUGAGAAUGGAGGAGGGGAGAAGAAAAUGGAUGAAUGGAUGAAGGUGUGCAUAUAAAUGGAAAUUGUUGUCCCUCCCCCUAGGUGUGCCUGUGUGUGGAUGUGUGUGUGUGUGUGUGUGUGUGUGUGUGAUGGCUCCUGUGCUCACCGAGCACAGAGGCUGAACUUGCAAUGCUUUGCUGAAUAAGUUCCCCACAGCCUGUCUCUGCUCCCCAUGAAUCCUAGGGAUCCCCAUGCAGGUUCACAAGCUUGUGUAGCAAGCACCAGACCCCCUAAGCUGUCUUCCCAGCCCCCAUGUAUUCUCUCUAAGGAGCUUAUUGUCUUGGUAACAGGUGAGAGUGUAGCUGGUUUGAAACUUUUGACUUCCUGUUGACUUUCUCUGGGUGACUUACUUUGCACAGUUUGCAAAGUGCAGAGUGCAACUGGUGUCAGCUUUGUGCUUUGAAAAUAAGGGAGAAAAUAAGUAGUUGAGGCAUAAAUCUGAAAAAUGAGCUGUGCCACCCCCCACCCUCCUCCCAGCUUUGAUUUUUGUAUCUUACUUUUUUUUAAGCCUCUGGUUACUUCAAAAUACUCUGGAAAUAGAGAAACAUUGUGUGCAUUCUUGGGACAGUCCUGUUGUUUGUUAGGGCUUCUUCAUAGCUCCAUUCAUUCCUACCCUUCUUAUUUUGCAUUGUUGUAGUUUUAAAAAUAAAUUUGAUAUUGACUCUUAAGUAUUAAAAUUUAACUUUUUCCUUCCAUGGCCAUGAGUCUCUUAUUCUGUUGUCCUUGGUUACCUUGGAAAUGCUUUGCUGUUCUAACUGCAAAAGGAGAAUGAACAUCUGGACUGUACAGACUCCCAGGGGGAUGCUGUUCAUGGGGCCAGGCUCCGCCCAGAAUUUAUAGUGGGAACUGGCCUUGCAUUUGAUUCUGAGUUGUAGUCCUUUGUAAACCAGCUCCUUCAGAAUCCCAGGCUAACAGAUUUUGAAUCUAUGGUCAGAAGGAUGCCCCCUUUUUCUCAGUGUAUCCUUGGAAGGGAGUAGGUUAACAGGCGAUCAUUUUAUGCUGUCCUGAAAUCUGAAUUGGUGUCUCUGGAACGUCUUGAAUCAGUUAGGGUGGAAUUGGUUUCCCUCCAGCUGAAUUCAAUUUCUCUUUUAUGAUUAGUAGUGUAGUUACUAUGAUACCACUCCUUGUGCAUCCCAGCUCUUGCUGUGGUUCAUUUGGGACCUGCUGCUGUGUGUUAGGUGAAGGGAUUAGACAUCUCUUCUCUUUGAAAGAAUCUGUGGUUCCAUGGUGAGAAACCGAUUCUCCAGGCAGAUCAGUGACGUGAGGUCAUGUCUGCCAGAGCAUCUAUGGUGAUGAUAUAGAGAACAGGAAAACUGGACUGCUUACAUGUGAUCAGAGCAUCUAUGAUGAUGAUGUAGUGAGCAGGAAGACUGGGACCACUUACAUGUGAUCAGAGCAUCUAUGGUGAUGAUGUAGAGAACAGGAAGACUGGACUGUUUACAUGUGAUCCGGGAUGUGGAUGAAAGGGCCUUGAAUGGAAGCCUGGUGUAAGAGGCUCCAAGGUGGUUUUAUCCAGUCUUCCAUAUCUGUGUCCCUACCUUAGAGAAAUAUUUAUCCACUCUUGGGCUGGUGAUCAACUAGGCCUUUGGUGGAAUUUUCCUAUCCAUCCAGACUGCAGAAGGCUCCUUAGGCCAAGAAUUUACAGAGGCCUUUCAUGGUGGGGAACUGCACUUCUGGCUUUUGGUCAGAGUUGUAGCCCAAGAAUGAAGUCAGCUCUUUGCUAACAUUACUCUGUCUCAGAUGCUUGGUGGCCACAUGGGUUGGUGGCCACUCUGUUGCAAGAUGUAGAUUCAGGACUUUGUUCUCCAUACUUGUAGGAAGUCUUGUUGAUGAGCACAGUUUUAGGCCCUUGCAACUGCAAAAUGCUUCACCUGACAGCACCAGUCAGUGAGGUGUGGAACUUGCAGAGCCUCAGAUUCCAUUGUAGAGCUGUGGAAAUAGAGUCUGCAUUUUAAUAGCACUCUCAGGAGCAGUGUGUGCACCAGGGUUUGAAAGUACUGUUGUAGGCUGCCCUGAGUCCUGGCUGUGUUCAGAGUUGCCUGGUGGGGGAGGGGGUGUCUGUGGACUGGAAGAACCUAGUUCUGCUCUCCUGAAUUCUGAUUUCACAAGAUUUGGGUGAGGCCUGGAGCUUUUAUAUUUGUAAAAGGCUCCUCCCUAGUUGAUCAUCACUGAUAGACAGGUGAUUAUGUCAUGUUGUGUGCCAGGUAGUGAUGAAUCAAGGUUAUGCAUAACUUGGGGAUAGGAUGUGGUUUUGGAGGGGAGGAAACUGAAGUCAAGACAGGCAUCUCUGCAGAGGUGACCUUUGAGCACUCUGGAAUGUAGAGGCUGCCUGCUUGCAAAGACCUGGGCAUAGAGGAGUCCUGGAAAAGGGUUGAGUUGUGAGUAUCAGGGCAGACAGAAGGCCUGUGAUCAGAGGUGAGGGAGAACAGAGGGGCCUGUGUGUAGGGGUGGCUUAGGUCCAGAUAGCACUGGGCUUUACCUUGGGGAGAGAAUUUGCACUUUGGCUGUGGAGUGGUGGGAAGCUGUUAGAGGGUUUGGGGCUCAGACUCCCAUGGUCUGAUUUCCUCCUUAGGAUUUACUUUUUAUUGAUUUGUAUCUGUGUGUGACACUCAGAAUGCAGAUGUCCUUAGAGCUUAUGCAGCUGGAGUUGUAGGCAGCUGUGAUUUGCUUGGUUGUGAGUGCUGGGAAUGAAACUUGUUACCUCCAGAAGAGCAGGAAGUUCUCUUACAAUAAACCAUUUCUCCAGCCACUGCUUCACAGUUUAAAGACAUUUCGGUGCUUGUUCCUAGUCCCAGGAGAGAGGUGGGGAGACCAGCAAGGGAGUAGGGGUUCAUUUGGAUGCUGCGGUGGUGGCAGUGCAGAAGUGUCCUUUGAACUGGGUGUCAUUCCCUGGUACUUGAAGCACGGGUCUCCUAUCAUCCCCAAGGUAAAAGUGACACUGUCCAGCAUGCCUUAGUGGUAGAGACCAGCUCUACUGUGAAGAUUGGCUGGCUGGAGGACUUGUAUUGAAACAGUCUUUUUUUGUUUGUUUUUGUUUUUUGUUUGUUUGGUUGGUUGGUUUUGGUUUUGGGUUUUUUGGGGGGUGGCUGGGUUUUUUCGAGACAGGUUUUCUCUGUAUAGCCCUGGGUGUCCUGGAACUCACUUAGUAGAUCAGUCUGGCCUCGAACUCAGGAAUCCACCUGCCUCUGCCUCCUGAGUGCUGGGAUUAAAGGCGUGCACCACCACACCUGGCUAUAACUAGCAUUUUUAUGAGCUUUAAUUCUAUGUUAAGAAAAUGUGCUUUUGCCAGUUGGUUGCCUAAUACCAAAUGGUCAGCACCGAAGCCAGACAUAUAAAUAAUAUUAUACAGAUUGUGCAGGCUGUGUUUACAUGUUUAGGGAAUAUACAUAUAUGUAUAAAAUAACAAAGGAAAAGAGAGGUUAUAAAUUUGAAAGAGAGUAAGCAGGGAUAUGUGGGUUGGUUUUGAGAAUAGAAACGAUGAGAUUAUAUUACAAUUUCAAAAAAUAAAGAAAAGUAAUUGUAAAGUAAGAAAGCAUUUAAUGGGCUCAUUUAAGAUUAUUUCUUUUUGAGAGAGGUCAUAUUGGCACCAUGGAGUCAUGUGACUCUGGGUUUCAGCAGUUGACAAAACAGGAGUUCUGACCACUCUGGUUGGUUCUUCAAUGCCCUUUCAUUGUACAGAGGUGGGUUUACUUAGUGCAAGCUGGUGUCCAUUGAGUCUCUGCAGGCCAGCUUCCAUUGUUGUCAACUUAGAAGAGCCAAGACUGACAACUCCAGAGAUAUCAAGUGCUAACCCCUGGGGAGACAGGUAGCAUUAGAGGCCCUUUUUUAGAGGCUUUUCUUUUCUUGUUUUACUUUUUAGUCAGGGCUUCAGGGUUGCCUUGAACUCUAUGUACCAAAUAUAACUUUGGAUUUCAGAUCCUCCUGCCUCUGCCUCUGCCUCCACCUUCGAAGGCUGCAAUUACAGCAUGUGUUACCAUGUUUGUUUUAUGUGGUGCCAGGGAUCAAACCCUGGGCCUCUUGAAUGCCAGGCAAACAUUCUACCAACUGAGCUGCCUCCGUAGCCUCUAGAGGCGUUUACUGAGAGGCCUUCACUGCCACAGAGUGAGUUGUCUAAUAAUAUACCUGGUCCCUUAGGGCUGUGGGUUCCAGAAAACCAUCUGGGUUGUGUACAUAAAGGCCUCAUAGUGAACGGACUCAGGCUGGGUCUUCCAGGCCAGGAGAUCUGUGUGGCUGCUGCUUCUUAGAGGGGCACAAGCUAAACCAUGGCAAUUAAGGUAACAGUUAGGAACAGACCUUCCACCUAGGGUUUUCCUAAUCAUCAGGAUAUAUUCUUCUCAGAUCAAAAAAAAAAAAAAAAAA